AUCGUGUUGAUAACAUUGUCUUAAUUUAUUAAUUAACACGAGUGGCAUUAUCCGUUCCCCCUUAAUUAGUCCGUAAAAGUAGGUAAGUACCGACUUUCAAGUGCAUGAUAACACGAAAAAUCUCAACAAAAAAUCAGCAAUCCUCAUUUGUGACACGACAAGUCAAAAUUUGUCCUUUUUGGCAGUUGUGAUCCUGUUUGUUCACGAUGGUUAAAUUAAAAAUGCCACCAUAUCGGCUAUGGAUCGCUGUAAUGGUUUUUAUGACAACUUUUACAAACUACAUGCUGAGAGCGAACAUAUCCGUGAGUAUAAUCAGCAUGGUUGAAAAAUCGAAGAAGAAUCAUACAGCUUUUUGUGCAACUGCUGCCGACAAUUCAACUAAACCUGCCGCCAAGGACACAACAGGAAGUCAAACCUUCAACUGGAGCGAAGGAGAUGUAGGUUGGAUCCUUUCUGCCUAUUUCUACGGCUACUUCCUCACAACUAUACCUGGAGGAGUGGUUUCAAAUUACAUCGGCCCUUGGCACACCCUUCUGUGGUCGAGCCUUGGCAGCGCCGUCUUGACUGGUUUGACUCCCCUUUGCGCCAUAUCAGGAGGUGUGGGAGGGGUUUGUGCUAGCCGAUUUUUCAUCGGCUUUCUUGGGGGGGCAGCAUAUCCGGCUGUGAACGAUUUAAUCGCAAAGUGGGCACCACCCCAGGAAAAGGGCAAAUUUUUGGCAGCCAUGAUGGGCAACACCUUGGGGACGGUGGUGACUUGGAAUCUGGUGGCAGCGGCCACGUCGGCCUGGGGGUGGGAAUGGGGGUUUUACGUCUUGGCCAUUUUCAUGAUGGUUUAUUGCAUUGUCUUUGGAAUAAUUGUGAGGGAUAGACCCGAUCUACACCCUUGGGUUUCCGACGAAGAAAAGAAACAUAUUUUGGAAUCUCAAGAAGGGCAUCUUACAAAAAAGAAGGGAUUUCCCCCAUAUCACAAAAUGUUAUGUUGCAAUUUUCCCUUCUGGGCCUUGGCCAUAGCCCAGUUGGGUAAUUUGUGGGGCUUGAAUCUGAUCAUCACUUACGCCCCCAAAUUCAUGGCCGAAACCUUGGGCUUCAAUAUUAAAGCCUCAGCCGGCCUUGCUGCCCUUCCAUACAUUGGUCGCCUCAUCGGCAGUAAUAUUUUCGGAAUCAUUGGCGAUUUUAUGCGGAAAAAAGAUAUAAUGUCUGUGACCAAAAUCCGAAAAUUCUUUAUAAUUUUUUCCCAUUUUAUCCCAGGCCUCUGUUUGAUACUGAUCCGAGCCUUCGGAUGUAUAAAAGAAGGCGUCAUAGCCAUGCUGGUGCUAAAUCAAGGAUUCAACGGCGCAUGCGUGGUCAGCCAUUUGGUCAAUGCGCAAGAUUUAGCUCCGAAUUUCGCAGGAUCCGUUUACGGAAUCAUUAAUUUCUUCGGCAUGACCACGGGAAUUUUUGUACCCCCGAUAACGGGAUACUUGAAUACGAAUUAUGAUUUAAAGGCCCCACGCUGAUAUUCAUGAUUGGAGGAAUAGCGUAUAUAGCCACCGGUGCCAUAUUUAUAAUUUUUGGAUCGGCUGAGGUGCAGCCUUGGAACAAAAAGGAAGGCGAGGAGGAGGACUAGAUUAUUUUGUUUUGUUUUCAAAUUUUUGUGCCGUAUUCACUUAUUGUUUAUGUAAUACUUGCCAAAUAAACAAUCUCGAUUA